UGGGCGAAAUAAAAACUAAAAUUACGGUUCUCAUACCUGUGCUAUAUUCAUCUGUGCAUCAUUUUUUGGUUGCUGAAAAUCAACCGGCGGAGGUAGCCAUUAUAUAGUCGGCGCCGGUGAAUUUUAAUUUCAGGUCCUUAGUUUAGAAGUUUAGAACCCUAGAAAUACACCAAAUAGGAACGAACUGCAGCAAUGGAGAGCGCCUUUGCUAGCGCGUCGGCAAUCACUGACCAACGCCAGAAGAUCGAACAGUACAAGCACAUUCUCGCCACCGUCCUCUCCUCAAACGAUGUGCUUCAAGCCAAACAGUUUGUCGACCACAUGUUAUCCGACGAUGUGCCACUUGUUGUUUCGAGACAGCUUCUGCAGGUAUUUGCCCAGGAAUUGGGAAGGUUGGAACCAGAGUUUCAGAAGGAAAUUUCCCAUUAUACCCUCAAUCAGAUCCAACCUCGAGUUGUUUCGUUUGAGGAACAGGUUUUGAUAAUCAGAGAAAAACUGGCUGAAUUGUAUGAAUCUGAACAACAAUGGUCGAAAGCUGCGCAGAUGCUUAGUGGCAUUGACCUAGAUUCUGGGAUGAGAGUGAUUGAUGAUACAUUCAGACUUUCAAAAUGUGUCCAAAUUGCCCGCCUUUACCUCGAGGAUGAUGACGCUGUUAAUGCAGAAGCUUUUAUAAACAAAGCUUCUUUUUUGGUUAGCAACAGCCAGCAGGAAGUACUGAAUUUACAAUACAAGGUUUGUUAUGCUAGAAUUCUAGAUCUAAAAAGGAAGUUUUUGGAAGCUGCGCUGCGGUAUUAUGAUAUUUCCCAAAUUGAAAAACGGAAAAUUGGAGAUGAAGAGAUCGAUGAAGAAGCACUGGAGCAAGCUCUCGCUGCUGCUGUGACCUGCACAAUUUUGGCAGCUGCUGGGCCUCGGCGUUCUCGAGUUCUUGCAACCCUUUACAAGGAUGAACGGUGCUCUAAGCUAAAGAUUUACCCAAUCUUGCAGAAGGUAUACCUUGAGAGAAUUUUGAGGAAGCCUGAAAUUGAUGCAUUUUCUGAAGAGCUGAAGCCUCAUCAGAAAGCAACUUUGCCUGACAAUUUUACUGUUCUUGAUCGAGCCAUGAUUGAGCAUAAUCUUCUUAGUGCUAGCAAACUUUACACAAAUAUUAGUUUUGAAGAGUUGGGCACAUUGCUGGGUAUCGCUCCUCAAAAGGCGGAGAAAAUAGCUUCUAGAAUGAUCUGUGAAGAUAGGAUGAGGGGAUCUAUUGAUCAGGUCGAAGCUGUUAUUCAUUUUGAGGAUGACGCCGAGGAAUUGCAGCAAUGGGAUCAACAGAUAUUUGGCUUGUGUCAGGCUCUCAAUGAAAUUCUUGAUAGCAUGGCGAAGAAGGGUUUGCCCAUUCCUGUCUAAUACUCACAUUCUUUUUUGGUAAAUUUUACUAUGGUGAUGAAAUCCAACUUUUGUAUGAAGCAGACACUUUUUGAUGUAGUGCCCUAUCAGUAAAUUUGAGUUACUAUUACUUGUUUCACUGA